AUGGAGUCGAACACUGCGACUGGCGCUGAGCCGAAGAUUACCGAACCAAUAGACGAGUUCCAUGAACCUGAACCGACAGCCGAAGAGCUGUCAACAUUGGAACAUAUUUCUGAUAGAAUACCGAUAGCAGUCUGGCUAAUUGUCAUUUGUGAAUUGUGUGAGCGUUUCGCUUUCUAUGGAAUUUCUGGUCUCUUUCAAAAUUACAUUCAAUUUCCGUUACCUACUGCAAAUGAUACACAACCUGGCGCUCUCAAUCGUGGACAGCAAACUGCUACUGCAUUGACAAUGUUUUUUCGAUUUUUUGCUUAUAUUACGCCGAUCGUUGGUGCUAUACUAGCCGAUCAGUUCUGGGGCAAAUACAAGACUAUUAUUGUUUCAUGUGUGGUCUAUAUGGCUGGCCUUGUUAUACUUCUUCUGACCAGUAUACCACCAUCUAUUGAUAAAGGUGUCGCCUUUCCUGGUUUAAUCAUAGCAAUGGUUAUUUUGGGUUUUGGUACAGGUGGUGUAAAGAGUAAUGUGAGUCCAUUGAUGGCCGAACAAUAUUCUAGGACAAAAUCAAUUAUCAAAGGUAACUGA